AUGUGCCUCGUUGCUAAUAAUGAAACAGAGAUUGGAUGUUUUUUGGGAUGGAAUGAGACAUAUACAGCGAAAGCCUUCAAGACUUGCUUAGAUAAUUGGUGGACAGAGGCAAUAGAAUAUGGAGUACCUACGAAUUUAAUGAUGACAACAACAGGCCGAUAUCCGAUAAGAUUUAGUCAGGUGAAAUGA